GUAUUAUCACACAUUUACUUCUUCCCAGAUGGCGUUAGCUUACGAUACCUUGAAAUUCAUUUCCACUAUAUUCCUCCUACUACUCAUAAUUCCAAGAAGCGUAACCUUAGCAUGCUACACAUCCAUCUUUGCAUUUGGUGACUCUGUUACAGAUGUGGGCAAUAGGAUGUUGAUAUCCGAUGACCCUUCCAACCUUCGCAUGGCCAAUCCUCCUUAUGGAGAAACCUUCUUUCAUCAUCCCAAUGGUCGUUUUUGCGAUGGUCGUCUCAUCAUUGAUUUUAUAGCGGAGCAUUAUGGACUGCCUUUUAUGCCUCCGUCAGCUAGUGUUGCCGGAAACGGGUCAAGUAUUGAAGGAGGUGUGAAUUUCGCGGUUGCCGGAACUAACACAGUCGACUCGGCAUUCUAUGAACCAAGAGGAAUAGUUAAUACUUAUACAAAUGCAUCCCUCAACGUCCAGAUGAUAUGGUUCAAAGAUGUUUUGCCAUUGUUCUGUGCCACACCCUCAGAAUGCAGGAAAAAAUUUAAGAGCUCACUGUUUGUAAUGGGGCCUUUUGGAAGCAAUGACUAUCGCCAUGGACUUGACUUUGGAAAAGACAUCAAAGAGAUAAGAACAUAUAUUCCUGUAGUUAUUGAUACCAUCACAGCAGCUAUAAAUGAAUUGAUUAAACUUGGUGCAACGACAAUUAUGGUACCUGGCAUAGCUCCAGAUGGUUGUCUUCCCGUCAUCCUCACAAGUUUUGGAAGUGCCAAUGGUUUAGAUUAUGAUCCUAAUACUGGUUGCCUUUCUUGGAUGAAUGAAUUGAAUGAGUUCCACAAUCUACGCCUUCAACAACGACUCAACAUCAUCCGACAUCUUAAUCCUGACGUCGUCAUUAUCUAUGCUGAUUUAUACAAUGCUGCCAUGAAGCUUUAUCGUAACCUUAAAAAAUACGGAUUCGUGCAAUCCCUUGCGGCUUGUUGUGGAACAGGAGGGGCGUACGGGUACAGUGACGACGUAAGAUGUGGUGAUAUAGAAUUAAUAAAUAGUUGUCCUGAUCCAUGGCGUCAUAUUGACUGGGAUGGAUGUCACAUGUCAGAGAAAGCAAAUAAAUUAAUUACCAUGACUUUACUAGAUGGAACUUAUACGAGUCCGCCAAUCAAUACCUUAUGUGCUUCUCCUUCCAAAUUCACCUAUUAUGAUUAAGAAUAUUUUGUAAUUCAUCAUUGGUAACUUCACCAAGCUCAUAGAGCUGGUCAUACUAAUAAAACUCUCAGGGUAUUCUAAGCUGUUGAUCUUAUA